AUGUUUGAAUUAAAUAAAGAUUUUCAGAAAUUAGCUAGAAGAGAUAAAAAUAUAUUCUUUAAUGAACAGUGCAAGGAAGUUGAAGAUAGUAAUGGAAUGGGGAAGACAAGAGAUCUUUAUAAGAAAAUUAGAGAAAUUAAAGGAAAAUUCCAGGCAAAAAUUGGAAUGAUAAAAGAUAGAAAUGGGAAAGAUCUGAGUGAAGCAGAGGAUGUUAAGGAAAGAUGGGCAGAAUAUGUAGAAGACCUAUACAAGAAAGAUCUGCAUCAUGACAGGGCUCCUACUGCUGAUGUUAAUGUUAAUUUAGAACUAGAGCCAGAUAUUUUGGAGAGCGAAAUCCAGUGGGCCCUUGAAAAUAUGGCUGAUAACAAAACUAGUGGACAUGAUGAAAUACCAGCAGAAUUGUUUAACGUCACUGGAAAGGAUGCAGUGAAACUGCUGCACUCAAUAUGUUAA